AGAAGAAAAGGCAAUAAGCUCUUUCGAAACUAGCUUGAUUAGUGUUGUACUCCCUACCGUGAUUUAGUCCAACUAGUCUUCAGGCAGAUAGGUUUACAGAAUGCAGUACCGCACGUUGCUGUUUGUUUCUUUGAUAUCAGUGAUCGGCCUCCAGUCAGCUUAUGGUUUCGGCUGUCCUCAUCUGCCCGUGGUCAAAGAUUUCAACGUGAAUGCGUUUAUGGGUACGUGGUACCAGCAGGCCAGCAAGGGAACGUUCUGGUUCCAAGGCCCGGGCUCCUGCGCGAAGGCAGAGUACGCCCUGGUCGACACUGGCUCAGUCAGCGUCCACAACAGCCAGAAAGGCUUAUUUGGAGAACAAAAUGUUGAAGGAACUGCGGUGUUAUCAGAUCCUAAAUCGGGAGAGGGAACUUUAAAAGUAACACUACAUACACCUGUGGGGCAACAAACUGCUGAUCUAUCAGUGCUCGCCACAGACUACAACAACUUUGCCAUUCUGUGCUCAUGCAAAACCGUAAUUAUACCAUUCAAGUCGUGUUGGAUUUUGACUCGUAAACAGAAGUUGGAAGGCGAUGACAAGACUGACGUUGACAAGAAGAUUGAUGCUGCGUUUGAUCAUAUCAACCAGAACAAAGACACGCCGAAGAGGUCUGCCUUCUCUGUCACUUCUCAAAACAACUGUUAAAACAGCGACUGUCUCACUGUAUUCACCUAUAACUGAACAAAUAAAGAUUUGCACUACCUAGUA